AUGAGCAUCGAAGUCUCCUUUUCCCCCAGCCAGUCCGGCUGGGCCUUUCCAGCCGACCAGCAACUCAACUUUUUCUCGUCGAAUCUGCCUGUACCUGGAUACCCAGCUCAGGCCAGCAAGGACGACCCGUCGAUACCUGAACUACCUCUAUUCGCGGCAGCGAGAUCUCACGCCCUUGCAGACCCUCACAAGGUUGCCAUCAUCGAUAAGACCAAGGACCAAAGCUUUACCUUUGUCCAACUCCUGAACGAUGUGGCGGCCCUGAAAGCUCAGAUCCGGCGAUAUCUUUCCGGUUACGAUCCAGCCGUUUCAACCUUUGAGGAAGAACCCAGAGUCGCAUUCCUUGCCCCGUCGGGAUAUGAUUAUGUCGUCACCCAGUGGGCAGUAUGGGCAGCGGGAGCUGUUUCGGUGCCCCUGUGCACGUCGCAUCCGCUCAAAGAACUCCAGUAUACGAUUUCAGAUUCGGACCCGUCUCUGAUCAUCCUGCAUCCGUUAUUCCAGAAGUUUGAGGCUGGUCUGCAAGAACAAGCGCCAGGAAUUCCGGUUAUGUCCCUCUCACCGCACAGCCCCAGCUCGAAAAACUUUCCGUUUCUUCCCAGAUUUUCCGCGUCUUUCCCCGUAUCUCGACGGGCCCUCAUCAUUUAUACCUCCGGCACGACCUCGAGACCGAAAGGGUGCAUCUCGACCCACGAGACCAUUACCUUCCAAGCCCGCAGCCUAGUGGAAGCUUGGAAAUAUAGCCGAUCCGAUCACUUAAUUCAUGUUCUUCCUCUCCAUCAUGUCCACGGCAUCGUCAAUGGCCUCACUGCUACGUUACUUGCCGGCGGGACGGUGGAGAUGUAUCCGAAAUUCGACGCGAAGACUGUGUGGAGCCGGUGGUCUCAGCAAGGGUCGUCGACGAUGUUUAUGGCUGUGCCCACGGUGUAUUCACGAUUGAUCGACUACUUUGACUCCAACAUCCGCGGGACGCCAUCCGAGACGGCCGCACGGGAAGGUGUCCGCGCCCUCCGUCUCAUCGUCAGUGGAUCGGCUGCUCUGCCGGUGCCCACGAAGCGCCAAUUUGAGGAAAUUUCGGGCCAUGAAUUGCUUGAGCGAUACGGCAUGACCGAGAUCGGCAUGGCUCUCAGCUGCGGCUUGGAGAAGGAGAAGCGCAUUGACGGGAGUGUCGGCUGGCCGUUGCCUGGCGUGCAGGUUCGCCUCACGGAUGAGAAGACUGGGCAGCUCAUCACGUCUUCCGGCAGGGACAAGUCGGGCUUGAUCGAGAUCCGAGGACCGAAUGUGUUUACGGAGUAUUUCCGCAGACCGGAGGCCACGGUCGAGUCGUUUACCGAAGAUGGCUGGUUCAAGACGGGCGACGUGGCCAAGCGGGAAGAGAACGGCGCGUAUUUCAUCCUGGGACGGGACAGUGUCGACAUCAUCAAGAGCGGCGGGUACAAGAUCUCGGCGCUGGAGAUUGAACGGAAGAUCCUGGGCAACGAAUACUUGAGCCGCGUCGUGGGAGAGGUGGUGGUAGUCGGCGUCGAGGACCAGGAGUGGGGACAACGGGUUGCGGCCGUCAUCAAGCUGAAGGACUCGGCUGUCUCCUCCACCGGUCUCGACCUGGCCACGCUCCGCAAACACCUGAAGGAAGACAUGGCCGCGUACAAGGUGCCCACGAUCCUGAAAGUGGUCGAGGCGAUCGAGCGCAACGCCAUGGGCAAGGUCAACAAGAAACAGAUUCUGAAGCAGUACUUUGGGCCGAAAGAGUCGAGCUAG